AUGUUAACUGAUGGGCAGCCAUUGUCGGUAGAGCACGCUCUUAACGGUCUUCCACAAUUAUCCAGGUUGAUACACGGGUUAUUGGAUAAGAAGAUCAAGAAGGUUGGAGAGCGUGAGGCCGCUAAGCGGGAUAUCGCUACCAUUGUCUCAAAUUGCUUGCCUUUUUAUACCUCUGGAUUGGACAAUGAAGUUUAUCCCCGUGGUUCGUUAGUAAAAGACCUAUGUGCGCUUGCCCUGAAUGAGGUUGAAGAAAACGCGCAGAAAGUCAAUAAAACUUACUCAUCCUGGAAGACAUGUAGCUUGGAACUAACAGUUAAUGUUCUGAAUAAGUUAUGCGACAAGCGGUUGCUGUGUUCUGAGUAUCUAGAUUUCUUCAAUUUUAUCUUCGCUGUACUUAAAAGCCGGUUCGCAGAGUCUCAAAGCUGGGUAGAAAACGAUGUGACUAAUGUUCUGGCUAAAUUUGUCACUACCUCCACAUGCUUCAUCGCCCCGGCACAUGUGAAAGAUAUCUGGUCGUUGGUGUGGCUUCGUUUACCAACUGUCAUAGACACUAAUGGAAAGUCAUGCGGAAAUUAUUUGCGAAUUGCUCGGAGCAUUCUCAAGCAUAUCAAUAAAACUACCAUGGUAGAUGGCGAAAGCGGUCGGAAACUUGUUGCAGAAAUGAUUGUAAAGUUUUUCGAAGCAGCAAAGAAAGGGGAUUCUUCCAUAUGGAGUGGUCAGAUUGAAUACGCACUUGACCUUCUUUCAUUAGUCAUUGAUGAUUGGGGCAUAGAAUGCAGGGAAGUCAUUCUCCAGCACUGUAUCCCAUUCGCUUCAUUGCUCGUUGAAAAACUCGACUUCUCGUCAGCAUCUGUCAAUGAUUUGGGAAGCGCUUGGACAUUCUUUGAUCGAUUAUUCCAUUUGGCUAUACCAGAUUGCAAAGCUAGCUGUCUGGUACCGAAAGAGGCAUACGUCCUCGCACAAAACGCCUGUGAGGUGCUCCAAAGAGCACUGUUUUCACUUUCGCUUAGUCGCAUCGACUACGAGCUUAAAAUGGAUUAUGUUCCUUUGUUUGCGAGACUGCUUGUCAUUGCUCAUGUCAUAGCUACGAAUAGUUCUGAGACUAUGGAUGCUACCGUAGCAGUUUUUACACAACAUUCGAAAAGGAGAAAAGAAGAGUCUGUGCUUGAAAUGAUAACUGAGUGGUCUUUACCUGAAGGGGUCAGCUACAAAGACCGUCCUCAUUUUGUUGUUUCUUGCCUUCUUCUUGCAUAUGAGAUUACAUCACGUUGGUCUCACCGUAUUGAUGCUGAUUAUCUUGCUUCGAUGGCUGCAAAACUAUGGAUUGCUAGGGAUCGUAUCAAAUUUAACUGGCAAUUGCCUUCCUACUGUCAGCUGUUGAAGGAUCUUCUAAGGAUAGGUGCAUUUGAUCGACUUUGUGACUCGAACUCGGAGAAUGGGUUACAAACUGCAAAGAAUCUGUGGAAAUUUGCCCUGACAUCGGCUCAUGCUGGCUGUGGUUUUGACGCUUCAUGCUUACUGAUGAUAUCUAUUCUCCAGAGGUUCAAGUCUCUAAUUGGAGAAGACGACGACCUCACAGAAGCAAUUUGUGAUGUUUUAUCUCGGAGUUCCUCUCCUCAUGGGCCGAUAUUCUAUGAAAUGAUCACUUAUGUUCUUACUGAGCUAGAAUUUGAUGAAUUGAGACCUUUUCCUGGCGUAAGCGAGAAGAGAAGGGGAAUAGAUCAGUGGAGGUUUCGAUGCCAAGUAGCUGAGUGGCUAAUUUCACACGCCGGAACUCAGUGCGACCUAUCGGAGCCCCUGUAUGUGCUGUGCCAUCUUCACCCGCAAAGAUCGCGAAAGUUUAAGCGCUCAUUGCCUGCAAAGCUGGGGAUUGAACGAGACUUGGAGCUGUUCGAGUUGUCGGAAAUACGUUCUUGUCCCGAGGCAAAGAUCUCAAGAUUUCCUGUUAUGGUUAUUCCUGAACUUUUGUCCUAUAUAUCUCAAUUAUUUGAAGAAAUUUGGACAGCUCACGAGCUGACAUCAGCAGCGGAAAUCUCGUUAUGGUGCUCCUAUUUAAUGUUUCGGUCGAAGCUAAACGUUCUUUUCGAAUCCCAGUGCACAGUUUUAACCAAAGUGAUGGGAGACCGUAUGCGCGAGCUGAUCCGUAACGCCGAGCCGAGUUUAUUGGCGCAUAUUAAGCUCCAUAACGUUCAUCCUAGUUUGAUCUCAUCAGACGUCCUGUACAUUUUAUCAUCUCGUCUCUCUGACUUUCCAGCUCUUGGUGCAUAUUUGGUGAUGCAGCCUGUAGAACUCAAUGUUUCCGCUGAAAUAAUAAGAGACGUAAUGCGGGGUAUCGAAAAACAUCUCAUUGUUAGCGACAGCAUGGACGUUAGAAAGGCUGCUGGUAAUCUUCUGGAACGUUUCACUGCAGAGGUGGAUACAGUUCCAGAUCUCCUGCUGCUUUUGGAUGAAUGUGCUGGCAUCAUUGACAGAGGGUCGAGGCAACGUCUUGUGCGGAAAAUAUCAGAAAUCAUUGAUGAAGAUCUUAUUGCCGGUGAGUAUGACGUCAACGAAGCUGGAAUAUAUCGUCGACUUCUAAGCAUGUACAACCUGAGGUCAUGUGAGCCUGGUGAAUGCGAAGCUGUGGAUUUUAAUCGCAUCGGCUCCGCUCAUGUGAUUCGCUACCUUGGUUUUCUUUCCCAUUCACUUCUUAAUUGGGAGCAUGUUCUUAAGCUGUUGGAGCGAGCUGGGUCGAAUGUUGUGUUGGUUACGAAACUUAUUCGAGUUAUUAUUAAUGAUCCCGUGUUGUUUCAUCUACAUAGUUUGAUUCUUGUUGCUGUAGUCAGGAAUGAAAAUGUUAUGCAGGCAUGUGAACAGCUGAUCCCCGAUUUCGGAUUGUUAUUUGAUUGUCACUGUAAUUCAAUCAUGCUUGCACAGCCAUACACAGAACGGGUUCCUCAUUUAAAUGUUCUCUCUUCGCUUCGCAGUGAACAACUUGUUGAAUGUUUUCGUACAAGGAAACCGAAAAUACUGAAUAUCGAACAUUUCACCGCUGCAUUUUUCUUAUACAUUGAUGACCGACAUAAGAAUUUCUUCGUGUCCAGCUUCUGGAAACAAUUGUUAGAUGAACCACACAUGCUUCUAACAAGUUUAUGGAAAGCUGGUAAAUUAAGUAUCAGACGAAAGGAAUAUUAUCUUCUACUUCAUAAUCUUCGCUUUGUUGCUUCUAGUGGGCACUUGCAGUCUGUUAAUGCCAGUAUGGCUCAGGGAUUCCUUCUUACUCUUUACUCGGUUAUUUCCUCAAUACUUCAUUUCGUUGCCAAGAGAACUCCCGGAGAAGUGGAUGGAAUUCUUCAACUCGUCAGCCAAUUCGGUUGUUUUUCUGCUGACGAGAUCGUAUAUCUGAGAUACAGUGUAAGUGGUCUGAAUUCGAAAGAUCCAGACACUGCAGAGGAGCUUUUCGGCUUCGCAGUUGAAGAUAUUUGCUGCAGAGGGGUAGUUGAGGAUGUUCGGGUUUUCCACUGCGAUGAAUUCUGGAAAUGUAUGCGCAGUUUUGUGGAGCUUCAACCAAAACCCCAAAGCAAAGCAGACGAUUCUGUCAUAAAUAAGAUUUUGUCUCGCCUAACGUUAGUUUGGGAUGUACUGCCUUCCGCUCGCCCUUAUUUAGCUUGUAUUAUGUCGUCAUUUGGUGACUCGAGCGUAGUACCUUGUCGGAAGCUGGAGUGUCAUUAUGCCAUUGAUAAUGUACGCGAUUAUUGCCAUUUGGUUGUAACUGAUCACAGAUUAGAAUCAGCUGAGGUGUUUAUAAGUUGUUUACGUAUUCUUUCGUGCGAAGCUUUUCGUAAUUUGGCUAUUCUUCGCCCUCGAGCAGUUGGUCAUAAUUCGCACAGGGAAACCGACUUUGUUUCACGUUUGAUUAUCUCAAUGUAUCGUGAACUUGUGCCGCUGGAAACUGAUGAAAAUUCGACGGACUUCAGCCGCAGUUCAACGGAAAUUAUGCUGAACCGCGAUCCCAUCUGCGCUGCCGAUAGCACUAAUUCUUUAUUCUGUUUGAUAAGCAAAUAUGCAUGUUGUCUACCUAAGCUGUGCCAGAUACUAAUGCCAUUCGUUUUGGCUAUGGAUGAUUCGAAUGCGGAAGCAGCUAUCCGAAUAGUACUACACUAUGCAGUUCUCAUUAUGUCAACAGAAACCCAUCCUGUGCAAAAGUCAUCUAUAUUAAGAAUGGCACAUUGCUUGGCAGAAUGUGUAGAUGGAAUAGGUCUUCAUCGCCUUUCUCAAGUAAAAUUAGACUACAAUUUCUAUUUUGAUGGGAUGUGCGCUCUCAUUAAAUGUUGUUUGUUAUCUAAUCUUCCAAAAUACGCCUUCGCUGUCGCCAACAUUCUCUACGAUGCGAUCAUAUCUCAUCAAGGAGCACGCCAUUUGGCUGCUUUUGACGGUGUAAAAAUUGACAAUGGGGAAUUUCUCGAGCUUCUGAAGAGGAUCUUCCUUUCUUUCGGGUCAACGUCAGCCUUAAGAGCAUUGCCGACAGAGUUGCAAAAUGACGACAAUGUGCGCGUACUUUUUUCAAGAGCUCGAUUGGAUUGGCUGGACAUAAUUUCAAAUCCCAAAGCUUCUUCGAAGGAUCUUUUAGAUGCGUAUACGUAUUGUGGAAUCGCAUAUUCCGGCAAUUGUCGAGAGCUGAAAUAUGCACUUGCGAUCCGCAGAGAUCAAUGGACUGAGAUCAGCUAUCCGAAAAAAUUGUUAUCUCAUGAAGAACGGUUGUUUGCGUUCUUGUACUCCGCUGCGCAGUGUUCUUCACGAGCCACUGAACUGGCUGCAUUUUUAGAAACCAUUGAAUGUGCGGACACUGUCGAAUGCGAACUACCCAAUCCCACGACACUCAAUAACCUCCGUGAUUUUUCGGUUAUACAUCUGAAGAGUCGCAUUACCGUUGAGGACCUUAAGGCAUUGUCAAUCAAUCACCUAAUAAUUUUCACUAUUUAUCUGUCCCGAUUUUCUCGACUACGUGACUUGAAAGACGUUACACAGAUGUGUACGAAAGAAAUGAGCGUGGCCAUUUCAGAGUUAUCCAACAGAUUUGCUAAUCUCCAUGCUUUUGUACCAUGUCUGUCGUUACUGAGAUAUUGCACCGGGGAUUGGUUGACUGUCGAGAAAUGCAGGACCUUGAUCGCCAAAGGAGAACACAACACGGCGGAACAUCUAUUGCGUAUUCUUCUUCAAUCUUCAGGAAUUUCCCAGAAUGCAAUCGCAAUUGAAGCACGUUGCCUGCUGGCCAAGUUACUUGCGGAUCAUAAAAAUAUGUUGGAUGAAGCACUCAUUCUGCUACAAAAUGGCCUCGAUAACAUUGCCAAGUCAGCAGUUUAUUCUGAUUCACAUCUUCGAAUACUUAUGCUACUCCAUCGUCUAGCAGCACGUCAACUCACUGGGAUUGAGGAACACAUGGAGUCAAGAGCGUUCCGAAUGCGACAGAAUGCAAUCAGCGAGUGGACGAGACAGCGUAGCAUAGCCUCGCAAGGGCCGCCAACGCAUGCUUCGCGACGCAUUGAAUGUGAAUUGAAGUGUGAAAGAGAAGCUGUGGAGACAAUUAAGCGGAAACUAAUUUUAUCGGCAGUGGGUACUGUGUCCGCCGGUCUCGAAGCUCUGGAGCUCCUUUCGGAACCUUACAUCAAGCAACCGCAUCAGCCUAAGCUUCGAACUGACGCCAUCUUAAGGCACAUUUUCCCACUCAUAGAUGUGAUCUUCCGUUUUGACAAAGAAAAAGAUGUUGUCAAAGCAUUCAGGAUGUAUGUCGCUAAUGGUAUGGUACCAGCUGUCUGGAUACCGGUUGUCGGCCAUAUUAUGAACCACUGUUUCAGCAAGAGUAUUCUAGCACCUGUUAUAAGAACGAUGAUAGUGAAACUCAUCAUUGCAUACCCCUAUCAUGUCCUGCAUACAGUACUCAUGUACAAAUUCAAUGAGAAUUACGCUCCUAUUGUGGAGACCAUUCUCGAAGAGGCAGAACGUCGAGUUCCGGACAAAUCUGCCAAGUCUCGUCUCCACCAAAUUAUCGAGGAAAUGACCGUUGCGCAUGUUGCUUAUAUGCAAUUUGUUUCUGCAAAUGUUAAUGAUGCACGAUUUUUUAAUAAGCGCCAGAUCAAGGGAAGCACUGCAGUUCAGUACGAAAUGUUGGAUAAAUUAUCAAUAGUUAGACUCACCGAUAUUCUGCAACGUGUUCCACUACCAAUAAUCGAGCAGAAGUUUUGCAUGCCAGGCGACUAUUCUGGUGCUGAUAUUGUUAAAUGGGGACCAAUGGAGCGAGUAUGUAUACAAGCUGAUGGACUUUCAGCACCAAAAAUACUCGGAACUAAAGGAAGUGAUGGAAAAUUAUAUAAACUCAUCUGGAAGAGCGAGGACGUGCGACAAGAUUGUCUCGUCGAGCAGCUUUUUUCGAUAGUUAACAGCAUUCUGAAUGAUGGUGAAGACAUAACGUUUCUUCGAACGUAUAAGGUGGUUCCACUUGAUUCAAAAUGUGGUAUAAUCGAAUUUUGUCAGGGAACCGUCUCGCUGAAACAGCUUUUAUGCGGGCUUGAUUUGCUGGGUGGUUUACACGCUGAAGAAGAACCACAGGACGAGAGCGCCUUGAGAAUGCGUAACGAAUUGAAGGACGUGGCAAGGAAUCAAGUAAAUCAAGCAUCAACCGUAUUCCGCGAAGCCUGUGCCAGAUUCCACCCAGUGUUCAGGCAUUUCUUCUAUCGCAACUACACCACAGUUCCUCAGUGGACAAGAAUGAUUGAUAACUAUCGAAAAAGCUUAGCUCAAUGGAGUAUUGUGACAUACGUGGUGGGCCUGGGUGAUCGACAUCUCAGUAAUGUGUUGUUUGAAACGGACACUUGUAAAUUGGUUCAUAUUGACCUAGGUAUGAUCUUAGAAUACAGUAAGAGGACGUUACCUAUUCCUGAGAGAGUGCCGUUCCGUUUGACGCGUGAUCUUCUUGAUCCUGUGCUCAUUGAAGGUACAGGAGGACGACUUGCAGAACAAGCGAUCUACGCAAUGCAAUUGCUCCGCGAGAGCAAACAUGUCAUCCUUGGACUGGCUUCGGUUCUGCUACGUGAGACCAUAUCGAAUUUUGAAGAGAUAGACUCAGGCAGCGGUGAGCGGCCUUCAUUCGUCUCUGAAACUGCUAUUGCAAGACUUCGAGACAAACUCAAUGGGACAGACGAUACGUUUGGACAGCAGGACGUACAUCAUCAGGUACGUCGACUGUUCACGGAAGCCACGAACGUGGACAAUAUCAGCCGCAUGUUUAUCGGUUGGAUGGGCUUCGUUUGA